AUGGAGUUGACGAAGACCCGACAUGAUCCGGUCGAUCAAGUCGCAGAACAUUUAUGGAUUCAGAAAGAGUGCCGCAUUCGGACUAUCUGCAUCAUCGCACUUCUGGAUUCUGCCUUCUUCUUUUACCAGAACUAUCCUUGUCGCAUCACGCACACCGAGAUGGAAUGCGACUUACCCUGUCAUGAACCUCUCUUUCGCUCUGAGCAUCCAUUUACGGCGCCAGACUUUCGCUUUUCUCGUGAACUUACUCUGCUUAGUGCUUUUCAAAGUUUAUUCCAAGGGACAACUUACGGUACAUCUCAUCAGAACAUGUCUCCCCAAGAGACAUCUCAAGAUCAAUCUCGAUUGCACCAAUCGAGCUUCCCGGAUCUCAGUGUUUUUGACAUGUUUUUAUUAAUACAUAUGCUUUUCUCCUUCAUCAAUACGCACAUGACACUCUUAGGGCCCUUUAUACGAAUGGGCCAUGUCAAAAAGUCUAUGCAGGAUACCACUUUGAGCCCUCAUGACAACAGUCCGAUCCCGGAAGAUUCCAUCCUCACAGCCAUCCGGGCCGCCCUUAGUCGGUGGCACGAACACUGGGUUGUACUUACCAACCGGGUCUCGCCUGAGGAAUGGGCUUUGAUGGGCUUUUACAAAAACGCUUACAAUUUCUGGCUGGUAUCACAGAUGCUGAUCACUAAAAAGGAUGCCGUGGAUGUGGUUAUGCAAAUGGAAGUCAAUUGUGAGGAUAAGUUGGAGAAGCUGAAGGUUUUGCUGCGCGACGACCAAGACGAAGUAUAGUGGUAGGUGGUUAUAUUCAAAAUGUAUACAUGAUAGACAUGGAUGCACAGGUUGGAGGCGUUCUUUUAUUGCAUUUACGAUGAUGGCUUAUUUGGAUUGGAUUGGUAUGGGCGCAACGUUGAUAUAUCCUGGGGCGUUCGUGUUCUUAGGUUUUACAUGGGUUUCUUUCUG